AUGUAUAUUGGAUUCUUGGGAUUAAUCUUCAGCUCAUUUCUCAUCUAUCUAAUUGAAAAGAAGGAAAACCAGAAAAUCAGCAGUUACGCCGACGCCUUAUGGUGGGGUGUGGUGAGUUUCAUCUAAAUAAGUGUCCUCAAAUUAUUGCCCCCAUCUUUUUGAUCACACAAGAAAUGGUUUCUUGCCAAUACUUUCUAAUUUCUGAUAAAGUUGACGUUUUAAGAUGAAGAAGAGUUGUCGACUAAGCAUUUUCUAGACAUAAUAUAAAUAUGUGGCCGGAUUAGUUAACAGAAAAGGCCUACAGAAUGAAAAGGACGCUUCGAAUGCUUAUUCUUUUUCAAGAUACAAGUGUGUAACGUUCGUCCUAUAACAUCUCUUAUUUUUCUAGUAUAUGGAGACCAUGGAACGUAUUUCGCGAAUCUUACAAAGACUGCAUGAGUUUGUGCAAUGUGCAAACCUAUCAUUUGCGUCCAAUUGAUGAGAAGUGCUAAAAUAAAAGGCAAUAAAUCUCUGUAUAUUUGAUGGCUGUAAUAGGACAGUUAAAUCUGAGAGUUAAUUUUUCGAGGUAACGGCAACCACUCUAUGAGUAAGGUAUAUAAGUUCAAUGCAACUUAAACAUAUAUAAAUUCCAAAGAACACUUUAACAACAGACAAAUCCGUUUCUGACUAUGUACUUUCAUAUUAAAAUAAAAUACGCGAUGAUCGUAUUUGUAAACAAAGAAAUAACUUCUACAUACUUAUUCAUGUCGCGGUCGUCGAACAAAUGCUUACGCGGAGGUCUUGUUUGACUUACAGAUAACUCUCUGCACUGUCGGAUAUGGAGACACCGUACCGCAGACAUGGAUCGGAAAACUGAUUGCUGGCUGCUGUGCAGUGGCUGGGGUUUCAUUCUUCGCUCUGCCUGCAGUAAGUCAGCCUUAUAAUUCCCAUGUAUCUCUGUUAACCGUUGAUUGAAUACUUAGCUUCCUGGCAAAAGGAAAGAUGUCUAUUAAAAACAAGGCAAUAUUUCUUUCAUCAUCAAUAUUUUUGUACUCAAAUCGACCAACUUCAAUGGUCUUAUGGUGAUAAUGUGGCGCAGAACUUGAUCAACAUAAUUCUGCUUAUCUCUAGGGCAACUUGAUCUAUACUUCAAAAAUAUGUAGCACACACAUAGUAUGUGGUCAUUUUUUACCAACUGUAGUUUAUGCACGCGGUCAGAAUGGAGUUCAUUCUAAAGUCGGCAUGUUGCAUUAAAUGGAAUGCUUUAGGUAUAUGCUGUUUGCUAAUCCAUUCUGCAAGCACGCCUAUAAAACCCAUUCUAAUCGGAACGUGUUCAGACUUUCCUUCAACAUUUCGUGAGAUAGGCCAACUACUGUAUAUGCGAGAUUCGAGCACAUGUGGUGGACUGUAGACAGUUUUAUCACCGAUCUCACUGACUACUGCCGUACGUCUUGGAAUAGUGGUUGGGGGUUCUCUGCACUUAAUUUAUAUAUAGGGCAAAGCCAUAUAUCUUUUAGAGGCAACAUCAUAUCAACUAACGCAGCGGUUACAGGAUAGCCACGCCUCCUGUGAUUGUUUAAAAUGUAUAAGUGUAUUUGAUUUUUCAACUGGGCCCGUAAAAUUCAAAAGUACGGAAUCAUUCGGACUGUGCCCGUCUCCACGCGCGCUGCUGCUUAAAAGUAUGCACUCCUACCUGCAGCUUUGUUUCUUCUAAUUUAGUAUCCAAGUUAAAACGGCGGUCAAUAAGCAUAAGUUUCAGACGCAACGUUUAGAAAAUGGUUUACUAUUCGUCUUUAUCUCCGAACUGAAAGUUCACAAACAGCGGUAGCCACCGCUACUACAUCCCAGAAAGCAUAAAAGACUUAGCGCUGAUGCCAGAUAAUUAGUGAUAUCCUUACGGUUUCACUGUUUAAUUUUAUUGCUUUCACUUCGACCGCUCUGAUAGUGCUAUGGCCCAACUAAGCGCAAAAGUGAAGGAAAUAUUAUAUAGAAACUUGGAUAUGUCCGGCUCAUGUGUUCGUAUCUAAACGCCUGCUUCGUUUUCAAAGGUCAAGUGCUUGGAAGGAAAAACUUCCUGAGACGGUUCUUAAUUAACUGAUCGUAUUAUAAAGGCCAUCCUUUUGCAAAAACGUGUUCAAUGUAUACAAUCUAUUACAGCGAAUUGCGAAUUCGCUCUUUUGUAUAUAAAUUAUUCAAAGUUGUUUGACAAAAGUUUGAAAUCAAUUGAUCAAGACGUCUUUUCUGUGACAAAAGUCAAAGAGAAAAACCGCCGGCCCUGAUCUAAAACCCUUGUAUUUUUGUCAAACGGGCAUGUGCAAAGUGAUGCUUUCAGGAAAAACUCCCAAAAGAUACCAAUAACGGGCUUCACCGGUUACGGUCAGCUCAUACUCACCGUUCUCUUCACCUACUCCUUCAGCGAGUUAGAACUUAUUGUUUGCGCCUCAACCUCGCUGACGUUCAAAGCAAAAUAAGACGAAUAAACCGAUUUUUUAAACAAAAAAGGAGCUAAAUAGAUUUAGAAACAAAAAACACCUCUGGUUUUCAGAAGAACUCCGGAUCACUCGCCCACUGCAUCUUUUUCAGUCAACCAUGAAGCACAGAGAGCAUGCUGUAUUUUUAUGACGCUAAGAAAAACUUAAUGUGUACUUAAUGCCUGUUUACACCUCGCAACUUUUCUUCCCAAGUGAGUUGCAGCCAUGUUGACUAGAGCAAGGUCGACGAAAUAUGACAAACAUGCAUGAUCUUUUGCUCAAAACUCGUUUUUCUGAUCACAAGCAAGGUGCAAACUCUCAGAUAGAUAAUUGAGAUACAGUCGGUCUAAGUUGACGCAGUUCUAGGCUCAAGUGAAAUAGACUCAAAACCUGUUUUUAUAGGCGAGUAAGACAAAUUGGUAUAUAAACGGCCUUUCGGGUUAUCAUCUCUCGAAUCCCCAUCUAGGGAGGAACUAAAAAUAAACGCAUUGGGCUAUAUGGCAACAGACUGUUCUCGCUAAGAGGAAUCGUAAAGGUGUAUUUGACCUGUAAUGAUAUUAGCGGACCAUCGUGCCAAAAUUUAAGUUCUUGGGCCUAAUCAGGACGAGGAUAAAACUUUAAAUUGUAGUUUAAAUUGUUUCCACUGACUUUAUUAUACAGAUUUUCUCUAGGAAUAAUAGACUGCCUCAGCAUUUAAAUGUACUUGGGCCAAAUAUUUCCGAGGCGUCAAGCUAUGACAUUGAAUAUUUGCUCUUAGCUUAUGCGAAACUUUUAGGAAGUGCCAAUACGAAAACGAAGAGUGCCUCAUAAUUUCGAGGCGUCAUUAUUGCGAAAAAUUAUUUUUAUUUAUUUUAUUCGCCAUCUCACAUAACAAAAUGCAUUUCUCACCUAUAAAUUGCAGCUAGAACAUAUAUUCGCGAAGAUAGCCGGCAUUUCUGUGUUUUCGCAUGCGAAGCCUGUGUUUUUUACGAUGACAUGUUCUUUCCUUAAUGCAUAUAACUAUUACAUCAGCUUGUACAGAUGAUUCGACCCAAGAAAUGGAUUUCCCUUUACUUUCUGCCGUUCGGUCAAAAUACUUGUUAGUCCCGAGGUUUCAUGUGCUUAACGUAAAAUUUUACUUUCAGAGUAUAUUAGGAAGCGGCUUUGCACUUAAAGUCCAGCAACAACAAAGACAAAAACAUCUAAUCCGAAGGAGAAUCCCCGCCGCAACAUUGAUCCAAUGUCUGUGGCGUUGUUAUGCCGCAGAUAAGAGGUCGACUUCAAAAGCCACAUGGUCCAUGUAUCGGAAAGUACCAAGCACCAGCAUAAAGUAAGAACACACUUUGGAUAUCAUUGCAUGCCCGCUGUGACAUUUGGUAACCUAGCUUUUUUGUUUUAUUCAGUUAUUAUCUGGUCAAUUUGUUUAGCUCGUUAACGUAACAAAUUGGUCUCCGGAAAACCUGAAUUAUUUCAAUCAAUUUUCUAAUUGUAAAACCAGGCGGUUUCAGAGAAAGUCAAGCCUGCGAUAUAAACUGUUGGGCCUGAGGGGAGACGAACACCUCAUUAUAAAAAACCACCAAGUUCAAAAUUUUCAGCUUUCCUUAAACCUUAUUGUUGCUCUCGGUGAUCAAAUUCCUCAAAAUCCACCGAUUAUUUAAAAACGGCGAAGCAUACGACAUUUACUUUAUUUUUCUUCCUAAUUAUCUCUUGCUGUCAAGCGAUAAAUAACUAGGAAUGGGUGUGGACACGGAAAGUUUACUUUAUUUGAGUAUGCUUUCUUGUGUUCGCUGCGAGCACGCAGUCAAUCAAAUUUGAGCUCUGACGGAUUCAGAUCUACUUAGAAAUUGCUUGCGUUUACCAGAGCAGAUUUUGUGACCUGUAGCGCUCCUAUUGAUGCUGGAAGUAGAUAAUAUAUCAGAAUCCUGUGAUACUAUAAAAAAGAUGAACAAACGAUCUCUGGAAUAGUAGGUGUAUUAGUCUGAGCUUUCGGCCAUCGUCAGAGACUGUGAGAAUGCGGCAUCAAAUGUGCAGUUUUUGUAAUUAAGCUAUGAAGGGGGAGGGAUAUGACUGCAGAGGGUGAUAUUCGCGAUAAGCUGAGUCGCACGCCGUCUCACGGCGGCGAGACUGCGUGCACCCUUGUCUAGAAAUUGGGUCUCGCCUCUUGGCCGCGGGAACGGAGCGCGUGAUAGCAGGGGGAGUAUGUCAACGUGUCUGUUGAUAGAGUUGGGUGUCAGACACCCAGACCUCCAACAGUUCUUGCCCUGUCAUAUUUCUGGCCCGCGCUACUAUCCGCGUGCUCGCGAAGUUGAAUUCGUGGCCUUCCUCCAGGUGUGAUUGGCGACCUGAGACAACGGGUUGCCUCUCUGUACCGCCCGUUUAUGCGCCGUUAUUCGUGAGCUAAGUCGUCGUCCGGUCUAACCUAAGUAAUCCUGUGAUACUUGUGCAAGACGGACCGUGACGGAAAUGCCCAUUUAUAAAGAGCAGAAUUAUUAUUUGCUCACACAUCCAUCUCCUUUUUUGUAAGACCGCGCAGGACACCUAAAAGUCGCCGUUAAAUUUACGCAAUGUCCCAGGAAUUCCAAAAGCACUUUAACAGCUAAGAAUCAGCUGAUGUUUCUUCCAAAAUAAUCAGUUCAUUAUGUUGUGAAGUGUCGGUAUUACAUAAAAUGCGCCGUAAUAGUAGUCCGCGCUAUCUGUGAAGUGAGUCGGAAAAGAAAAGUUAGGUGAUAUGCAUGGCACUGAGCUAACUGCGUGAAAUAUUUAUUUUUCAAACAGAAGUAGUGUAGAGUUGCAAAAAUGCCCAUAGAAGUAAUCAGAAGACGAGGUGGCGAGCAUACGUAGUUUUCGAUAAAUUCUCGUCGGGCCAGUACAAUUAUAUGGGAAGGGGGUAGAAGUAAAACACGUCAGUGAUAAGAUAAAUCGAUUAAAGUUCGCCUUAAAACACAGGCUGGGUGUGCGAAUGUGGGAGAGGGGGGGGGGGUAAUAGCAGUCAGUGUCAGGAGCAGGGUGAGACCGGAAGGGCGCGCGAGAGUUGUAGCGUUGGUCGACCUUCGACCACUGUAGGCGCGGAGCCUGAACGUGGUUCUUGUGUGCGCACAAGAUUGGUUUUCGCAACCUGAUGGCGGCCGCCUCUGCUGUUGCUAGCCGACGCUGGCCCAGUGGUUUAGGAUAGCUCGAUGGGACCAUAGAGAUCACGCGAAACGAUUCAUUGGGGGUCUACAUGAUGUCCAGAAUCGACAACAUGCGCGAGAAUGGCGCUGCUUAUGCUCCUAGUAUCGCCUUUUCCCAGCCACGCCGGGAGGUGUUCCCGUAUUCUCAUGGAUAAGCGCCGACUCGUGCGACCAAUAUAACCUGCUCCACAGGAGCAAGUGGAGGAAUCGAUGCUCAUUGAACUGGUCUGGUAUGGCAACUUAUCCUUACCUUCUCCGCGUAAAAUAGGGUUAGUAGAGAAGGAUACUUGAACCCUUGCCGCUGGGAAGGUUCGCGAAACAGCUUGAUCAAGGCGUCUCUUUAGGAGUUCACUCGCAGCGUCCCCUCGAACAGAGUUUUCUUUCGGCAGUCGGUGUGGUGGGUUUUACCGGCCGCUGGGCUAUAUCCUUUGCAAUAAACCUGUCCGGGUACCCAGUUUCACGAAGGAAGUCCUGGAUUUUUCGAAGUUCCUCCUCGAUGCUGUCCGCUGAGCAAAUUUUUCAGUCUUUGUGCCAAACAUCGGACUAGAUUUCAUUUUUGUUCCAGGGGUAUGAAACUAGCGAAUUUUGUGUAUUGUCCAGACCAGAUUUUCUUCCCGUGUACGCUUCCUCGGACACUUCCAUCGGGUCUCCUGCUUAGAGGAACAUCUAAGAAUGUGAGCGAACCGGCCGUUUUGAUCUCCAACGUGAAUUUGAUAGAGGAGCGUGUCUGAUUUUCAACGUUUAAGAGGACAUCUGCGUCGGUUUCUGCUAUGGCAAUCGCAAAGACAUCAUCAACAUAACGGUCGUAAUGUUUAAGUUUUUCGAUCGUAUCGCUUAGUUGGAAUCUUUCCAAUUUGCCCAUGAAGACCUCUGCUAGGAGGGGUCCAAAAGGCGAGCCCAUUACAACGCCGUCUAUUUGUUUAUAGAGUUGGUCGUCAAACAGGAACCGUACAUUAAAUGUGCAUCUUAGUAAUAGUUCCUUCAGUGUCUUCGUCGGAAUUCCUAUUUCCUGCUGAAUGAUGAUCGUAGAGUGAUGGGGCUACGUUUAAAUAAAAUGGGGUAUUUAACCGCCAAAAUUGCAACUACUGAGAAAUAUACGAGGGGUUAAAGUAAGGCGUAAAUUAUCAUCGCCAGGGUUAUUUAGAACAUUGGCGUUUGCUUUACUCUGACUUGUCACAUUUUCUUAAACUUUUCUCCACAAGCUGAUAUGAUAAGCAUUCGAGUCCCCUUUUAACACGAGAAAUUACAUUUUAACCUACAUAUUCAUCCCCAUUACUUCAUGGUGAUGUGAAAUACUUAUGGGGAUAAGUCCUUCCGAACAGGUGGAAUGAACGAAGGACUCCCAAAAAUACCCUCCGCUCUUCACCAAACUGAUGCCUUCAGAGUUUUUUCAUAGGAUACUUUGAAAGCUUUGCGCUGUAGAACUGUCAACUGUUACAGAAUUUGGAAUAAUCAUUGGACAGUAUUGCAUUUAAAUACCAAACGACAUGUUUCUUAACAUGUGUGUUUCCAGUGUUUGUCGUUGUCACUGGUUACCGGACAAGGCAAAUAGCAGGAUAUAAAUAGGCGCCGACAAAUUAAAUUAUCAAUGUCCUUAUACAAUAACACAAAAUGCGAAUACAAUUUUGAUCAGUAAACACUGCAUUUAUACUAUUUAUGCAUUUGUUCAUUUCUUUAUAUACACCGACAUCAGCUUCUUGGUUAGAAGAAAGUGAACUAAUAAUUGCUUGCAAAAAGACUAUUUCUGAUGACGGUUUUACUUUGCUUAAUGGGUGAAAAUGGAACGAGGCGGGAAAAAAUGCUGCAUUAAGAAUGGAUGGACAGCUAAAAUUAACCACUGGUUAAAUCGUUCUCUACAACCUGUGCCGGAACUCUUGAAACACUGCACGAGAUGUUCCGGAAAAUUUUCAACUAGAAAUGAUUGCCUAGGCGAACUUGCAGAAUAUUUUAAAGAAAAAAUUCCAAGCCAACUUCCGCAUGGUCUGUUCACACAUCCGCGAGUAUCAAAGACGAAAAAUUAAAAAUUUGGACGUAUGUCGCGUAUCUCAAAUGCCUUUAUUAACUUGAACUUUUUUAUACUCGGGUAUGUAAAAGUAUUUCACCUACUAAAUGUAUGUGAUUUAUGUUUUUUUUGCAAACGCAAACAUAUUUCGCGUUUUAACAAGUUUGAAUCAGUAUGGCAUUUGAGGAGCUGGUCCAACAGAACUGCUCACAGGGAAUGACCUCAUAUACUGCAAAUUAUCAAGGUACAUACGCUUAUUCGAAUUAAUGGCAAAGCAGUCCUAUGGCGCGUAACAUGGCAUUCUUAAAGUAUUUAAAGUGAAGGUUUCUUUGGCAGCGUGGUAAGCAUUUUUUAUUCUUUCACACUAACUUUUUUUCCGCCUUUAAUGACUGUGGUCAGCGAAAGAAAAGGUUUCAAGAAGUUCAGCGUAUAAAGGAAAGGAAUUGGGCGAUUUCCGUAAAAUAUGGAUUACAUUAGAAAGAAAUUAAAAACUUACGGAGAUGUUAAACAUUUUGAGCAUUCAUUUUCUCCAUGUGAAUUUCUAGCAAGCAUAUAAAAAGUCUACACUAAAGGAUUAAAAUCAUAUCGUUAAAGAGUCAACUGAAGAAUUUGUUUUCCGCCAGUUCGCCUUCGAUCUUACCUUUGUUACCUUUUCAAAUCAAAACUAUGUUGAAAAUGCAUCUCAAGUGUUCCGUGGGCCCAGGCAUAUUAUAUAUCAUCACUUUUGAAGAGAUUUAUUUAAUUGUGUUUUGCAAUAUCUCUUAGCUGUCGUCUAGUUUUUGGGCACAUAUGAGGCCUCUAGUUAGCCUAUAGGACAGCCUUUAAUUUCUUUGUCAAUGCGUGACGCUUGCAUUCAUUUAGGAUACUAAAAGCAAUUACAGUUUUUUGUUGAAACACAUUUAUGAUAUGACUUUCCGAAAAUAAAUAUAGCCUGUCUGUCGUAAGAAGCUAAUGCAUCAAAUUUAUUAUUCCCUGUAUGGUGCUCAAUAUUCGGAUGCGGUACAUUCGCCGAAAGGCACAACUUUUAGCGCAUGCUAACGUUCGCAGGUGUCUCAGUUUGUUUAUGGUGGAAAAUUAUGCUCUGACAGUCGACUGUCCGAGUCGGUUAACCAACUUAUGCGAGAUAGAGAGAGAAAUGAUUGUCAUGGUUGAUUGUAUUCGGUCUGCGCAUGUCACAUACGCGACCUUGCCGCAUUUGUACAUGCCAGAAUUUCCAACAGGUGGCGGCUUAUUUCGAUCUCACAUGUAGCAUCGGAACCACGUGGAGGUAGGAGCCGAAUAACACACUUUCCACCUACGCGAGGGGUGCCGGUGAUGUGGGAUAUUGGAAGUGUUCAAAUGUGAGGCGUGCGUUGAUGGAAGAAUGUGUGGUGCUAUGGUCUAGUCUGCGAUAAUUUAGCACAGAUCUUAGUAGAGUCGCAUGGGAUGGCUGAAUGUGCAGGGACAUUGCGGGUAGUUGAAAUAGUGUCGGCGGGUGGUUUGCCAGUCCCUGUGCUAUAGAUUCACGAGCGACCCAAUGAGUCAAUGCGUGGUGUGCAUGUGCAGCGGCAAAGUGAGUAGAAUAGAUUGAGAGAUGCUGGGUCAGUUGUGCUGUUUUUUCUGCUAGCGGAGGUCACGCUGAUAAAUUGAUUGUUGGUCGGGAUGGAGGUAGGUUAGUAGUUGAGUGUAAAUGGUGGGCUCGAUGCUUAGGUGUUGCGGUGAAUUGGGCUGCCAUAGAUAAGAAUAUGACCGAAUAGACCCAUACGGUAAGUAAGUUUGUGCGGCAGUGCGAAAAGCUGAGGCGAAUGCAACGAGUGUAUCUGGAGGUCAGUGCAGGGAUGACGAUUAAGUUGUGAGGGCAGCCGUUGGAGUUUUCGGGACGUUGUUGCACUGAUUCCUGAUCUGUCCAAUGGGAUCGGUCGCUAACAGCGUGGACGUUUUGGAAGACGCUGGGUGUUGCCAUUAUGGACCGGUGGCGCUUCAGACUUGCUGACCGAUUUUGACAGUGGACGUCCGGUGGGCUUCAUAACUUACUGAUCCAGUCCUCACUGAUCUUCUCCAAGCCGAUCGGUCCUGCGCAAUGUCCUCGCAGGUAUUUGGGUUGAUUUGUAAAUUAAUCAAAUAAUUAUUUGGAGUAUCUGUGCGACGGCGUGUUCGACCUCCUAGUCGACUAUUGCCACUCGGUGACAUCUCCUAAGAAGUGUAGUUUGGGUAUUUGCAGGCAGACCGAGUCACACAUUAUCUGGGUAAGAACAGUUUAAAGUAGAUCAUUCUAACUUCAGAAGUUUUAGUGACACAGUCCGGUUGAUGCUUCUUCUUCCUCACUCAACCUUCUCUCUAUUCCGUUCUACGCCGAUUGACUGGUGCCAUCCUCUGCCCUGGUAUUCAAAGCAGAAAAUAACAUUUCGUUUUACAAAGCACAGCAAACAACCGAUAAUUGCAGACUAACACGGAUGGAUCAUAACCUUAAUAGCGCUUUUUGGCUCAUAAACAGUCAUUGUGCUAUGCAUAAUCGAAUCCGCAAUAAUGCUACAACCGACAAUGAAGACAGCUGAAAACCUUCGGUAAUAUGGUGACCCAAUUGCUGAAACAAGCAUAUCAUUUAACGGACGAGUAGGAUUAAUACUGAAGCCCAACAUCAGAGACUGCAGCAGACUUGACUAGUUGAACGUCCAGAGAACUUAGUAAAUGCAUUAUACAGUUGGUAUGUAACUACUCACCUAGUCGAGGUAUCAGUCCUCACUGAUGGUCAUAGCUGAUGCGAAUCAUUAUGUGUGUGUCUUUUUGAUCGGGGCUGAUUAUUGGUGGCGAGUCCUGCGACCUCGUUACUUUCUGCCUUAAGUCUGCCACCGGACUCUGUUCAGCCCUGCUGUAAGUGGCCUGACCAGACGACUGACGGAUUCCCAGCGCUUCGAAUGUGUUAGAACGCCUCAUAGUGCUUUAGGCCGGUAGCCUUCGGUCAUUCGUCUCGUUUUACGUCCUCAAGUCGACCAGAUUAUGCAGGUGGCCGUUCGCCGCUAACACGCAUCGAAGGUGUCGUAAUUAGAAACCACGUCUUCUAGGUUGUUGCUACAGCAGGGAGCUCCUGGGGUCGUUUGAUGCAUCUGGCCUAUUUUUGGGCAAAGUGCCUACGUCGGAGAACCUGGAAUGCCCGAACACACAGUAGCAGCAGCAGCAGCAGUGAGGAUGCGUGGCGCUAGCGUCGAAGGCUUGGCCCAAUCGGCGGAACUCGGGCGCACAUUCAAACUCAGUGAGGCGGACAGUUUCUCGAUAAGUGGAAAUCGCGCCUCCCUGGGUCUCACUCCGUCUACAAGCGUAAUGCUUUGCCCAACCGUUCGCUCCUAUGACUUUACCCGCGCAAAGAGCUUGUGCAUGCUGGGUGCGCGCGGUCGAGAACUACGUCUGGCAGGAGUCUAGAUGAGCCAACUUGUCGAGUAAUGUCCAGCUCAUUUGGAAACCCCAACGAAUAAACGAUGCUGACGACUAACAUCAAGUACGAACAUCUGUGAUAAAUGCGUAGGCUGCUAUAUUGAUUUAACGUGUAAUUAAAGAGCAAUUGUUUGCUACACAGACGGCAAUUUUUGUGUGCUCCAGUACUUUGAUGUACCGGUAGAGGCGAAAAACGAGUCCCAGGAAACAGCCUUGAAGAAGGAGAUACGGUCGCUGUAACAAGAGCUUUAUUUGCCUAACGUUUCGGAUUUCUGCUCGAACCCAUCAUCAGAGACAACAGCAUAUACGGGUGGCUCAUGCACAAGGGGCGGCAGUAUUUAUAGGAUGCAGUCGCCAUUCUACGGCAUAUCUAUGAACAUUCACGGCUCUAUCACUUCAUCGGGGAUUGUUGCACUUAGUGUGGUGAUUGUUCAUUGGCCGACAUUCGCGUCGUUAAUCACUGCAAUUUCAUCACGGGUAUUGGAUGUUGUAAUGAUUACUCGGCCAUCUUACCCACCGACCCUGGCGUUGGGAACAGUGUUCGUCUGUGCGUUCCCCGUGUGGCUAAUUACUCCGCCUAGGCGAAGUCUCAUUAUCGAGUAUGGACGGAGAAGGUCGUUGCAAUUGUCAGUAGACCUACUGCUACCUCUGCUAACAGUCAAAUGGGUGUAAAUAAAAAUACUAUUCCGGCAAUUGAGUCCCCUUCUUUUCGACGUUCGCCCGUGCAUGUGUCCUAUUGUUUACCGUUACAGUGUAACUUUAUUGGUGUUUACUGCUUUUUAUCGAAGCCACAGUGUUAGGAUUACUUUUCAACCAUCGUGUCCACCAGUUUCCUCUGUCACAAAUCACGUCGGAUAAUGCCGUUUUACAGGUGACUCCACACCUGGUGGCAUUCAGUGGUGGAGAUCACUGAAUACUGUGAAAGAGUUAAGGACUGCGCACAUCGUACCCAUAAAUGCACCCGAACGAUUGGCUCUUGUUCUCAUUUGAAUCUUAUUUCUAGCUGUUUUAAAUCUUUGCCUUCCAAUUUAAUGAGUGAUUUCCAAUGCGUCACGGCUUUAUUGAAGAUUGUUUCAACUGGGUUUUAAACUUUAAAACUCCCCAUGCUUCUUAUGGGAUGUCACACGUCUAGGAUUUUCACAUCACAUCCACUAAUGCGCAUGCCGAUUCACUAUGCUGUUCAUUACAAAAUUGCCUUUAUACCUAACUGUCUGACAUCUUUACAGUUUAUGGCCAACAGAAUCUUUUUCUGAGAAGUCGGGAUUAAUGAGAUUUGGACAAAGGCUAUCGACCAUCCGAAGGAAGACGGAAAAACUGAAACCCCACCUCACUGUCAACGCAAGGUCCUCUAUGUCACCGAAGCUCCUAAUGGUCAACGAGACAACUGUGCCUGCUAAUUACACAGUCAUUGGUGGAUUGGACAAAAAUGCAGUUUUAGUCAAGGAUCCGGCACUUUAUGCCCUUGACUACAGUGGAGCGGUACUAAAUAUGCAAAAACACGAGAAACUCCGGCACAGUAAAUCCGAAUGCAGAAUUAGGCACAGUACAAUUACAACGCCUCCCCAUAAGUAAGACGGCGUUUCACCAUUUUUGCUUACCCCUAAGAUAACGCCUUGUGUUUUUUUCUGUCGGAAUUAGUUAUGAUGAAGUCUGGCGGGUUUUUCUUCCGACCUAUAUAAAGAAAUUCUGCAAAACGAAUUUUAAUGGCGGUUUGGAGAAACGGAAGAAAAGUGUUAAACAAUACCAGAUGAGAUGAAAAUAUUAUUCAUUGUGUCCUGAUUCGGAAGUCCCGUUCAGACAUCUCAUUUUUAUUCAAGACUGUAUAGUUAUAAUCCUUUUUUCAUUGGGACUACAUGAAAUAACAAAUGCUUUAUUAUUUCUGUUGAAAGAUAAGUAUAUUUUAAGGAGCGAAGUUGUAACACGUGAUCUAAAUCUCGAACGCUUUUUAUCCACUGAAGCUCUAUUUCAAAGACAUGGCAUCUGCACAUAUGUGGUGUUCCAUAAGGCUACAACGGGUUACGCGGGAAGUACGCUAUACCAAAUGAAGGAAUAGAUUUUGACAGGAUAUACGUUAACUCAGCUGCACGCACCGUCUAUCCCUAACAAAUGUAACAGCACCUCCAGGUGCAUAUCUCAAUCCCUGUCACUUGGGUCCAGACAGUGACCUGGUGCAUAACAGAGGAAAGAGAGUGAAGCUUGCACUGUGGAAUCCCUUCCAACAGCAAUUCAGCACAUUCCUCACUAUACCAAAAUCCAACAAACUAGAAUCCAUCCAUGCGCGAUAAAAGUCAUGGUUUAGAGGGCUGCAAAUCGACUGAGUAACUAAAUUCUCACGGGACCGAGUGUUACGCUCAAUGGAUCCUCUACAACGUGUCCUCUAUGGUGGUCCUGUCAGAUGGGAUCAGAGCCGCUGCAUUUCGUGAAGACCUGGUAAAUCUUGCGAGGACCAGGUCGUGUGCGGCAGGCAUAGGCGGAUUGCUUAGCUACGUCAGCCAUUGCCCCAGAGCCCGUCCUCGUUCAUCCUUUCACUGCCUAAGUUCCCGCGGGGAGAAAGGUGAGGGUGCGGCAGAUGCUGCACAAGUCUGCAACCACCGAGAGCUAAAUCACGGACAAGUCACUGCUCUGUGUCCACAACCCUGUGGGAAAUACAGCAGAAAUUAUAAUUCUUGACUGUCGAGAUUAACCGGUGUUUAGAAAACAAAGAACUACAAGCCACUUUCUUGCGAUGUCGGUGACCAGUCUAGCUGGGUUCAUGUCUACGUUUUGUAGAUAGGUGUGGAUAAACGAAAAGGAGUCAUGAAUCGUGUGUAGCCCCUUUGGCCAGUUGCCUGCUUAAAUAUCAUGGCUACUAUGCCCAUGGACAUAUUCACACGACGAGUAAGUGAGAUUUAUUAUACACUUUAGUCCCGUGAAGCUUUAGCCGUUUACGAACAGUUAUUUCCAAAACUUUUAAUCAAAUCAUAAGCCUUGAAAUGGCACGCCAUCCCAAAGGUCGUGUCUUCUAAAUGAAGACGUUCUGAAACAGGUACUUUUGUUUGUUACGACACCCUGCAGUUAAAACACUUAUGAAAAUGAGCCACAUGUGUAAUUUAACUUCGUCAAAUGAUACUGUUUUGAGGGUUCUGACGACCAAACAAACGGCCAGAUAAAUUUUCCUUUUGUAUCGCUUUGUUGGUGACACACUGACGGCACAUUUGAAGUAAUUUUUUGCAUAAAUACUCCAUCCCAAAUAACGUUGACCAAUAAAGCAAAUAAAUUGUAAAUUGGAUAAGAAUAAAAAAUGAUUUCAGUUGCUUGCAUUGUUACUGGAUUCCAUCUGAUUGUACGCAAUGCUGACCUAUCAAAUCGUGGGCCAGAAUACUUCUGUCAAUGCCGCAAAUUUAUCCAUUUUUAUACUGUGAUAGUAGUCAAAAUUAAACGUAGAAAAGUGGUUAUUUUAAGAAACUAAUAGUACCUCACAAAAACUGAAACACUGCCCACAUUUGUAUGCGUGCUCCGAAAAAAGGUAAUUACUUAGAGAGCGUUGUGGUACAUCUUAUGCUGGUUCAUUAAAAUGAUGUUGGAAUUCGCUCUUUGAGAGAUCUACAGCCACCCUCGAAAGUAUUGUUCAUACUUGUUGAUGCUUCUAUGUCCAUCUUUUCCGAAAACUUUCCUUUAAACGUUUACUUCACAGAUUGCCGUACGCGAAAUUGUCUUUCCAUAGACUAUAUCCCUAAAAGACAUGUUGUUUUAAUAUAUUAAAAACAUGUAUUAUAAAAACUGUUCAGGAUUUGCCAUAAACGUGUGCAGUCGUGUAUCAGCACCUAUAUAGAUGUUAUUGUUGAGACAGUUUAUGAUAGUCCGCCAGCAUCCUUAAUGUAACAAAAAACGACAUUUUCAUUUUUUUCAUGUAAAUACCAUUACCAAAAACUUGCCGUAUUUAAAAAAUAUACGAAAACUUGUAAACAUAUGCAUUUGAGACAACUUUGUUCUUCGAUCAAACAGUUUCAAAAUAACGCACGGCCCCAUUAAAGACACCCAAGAUGUAAACGUUUGACGUGUAUGCUCAAGUUAUCCCCCCUUUACCUAUGUAGAUAUCAAGAACCACUGGAUAUAGGACACACAAAAUGACUGAUUAAUUUUAGGAAAAGCUGUGUACGCUGUUUGGUGGGCAAAGUUUUGUCAAUGAUCCAGUUCCCUGGCACAUAGGAAUUGAAAGGUCAUUGCGCUACAGGACAGACAGUGUAAUUGAAAGUCGAUAUAUUUUCAAAUGUUGUUAUUGCUUCAGUGGUCUCGACGCUUAUAAUGUCUUAGAGAGUUGGUUUACACAAACCGUUAGUGCUUAGAUGUCGGCUAGACGUAGAUGAACAGUCCGCACAUAUGUAGAUGUCAGUUUUGCGGCGAUUUAUACGUAUUCGUAGGCAUUCUCACCGUAAGAUUAAAAUAUGUUUUCAUUUUUUUCAUGCACGUCUCACAGCAUAACAUUGUUUUAAUAUUCUUGAAGCUUGCAAUAUAUUCGGAAGUGAAUUUACGCAAACUCUUAUUGCUUUGAUAUAAGCUGCAUGAGGAUGAACAAUUAUUACGUUAAGCUCUUCUUUCCAUCAUGCAUGUUUGUUUUUCCCAAAUUUGCAAUUUGUGCCUUCGUAAAACAAUUUAGGUUUCACGCGACGCUUCCGGGAAAUCUUACCAAAUAUUAUGCAUAAAUUAAUGCUUAUAAGUGCUCUAAAAUAAGUAUGUUCUGUCACCACCUGGGCUCAGUGCUUGGGACUGUAAUGCAGAAAAUCCUGGCCUGACAAUAUUUGGCCUUGGGUAGACUCCUUAUAGCCAUAGUUCCUAGAUGACAUGUGGCUAACUCUAUGACUUUUGCUCGUUUACUUACCUGCCAUGAAAUUAGAAUGCUGAAAAUUCAAAUUCGGCAAGCUUUAGUUUUUGAAGAUUCAGCCCCAAACUUGUACAGGGGCACAUUUAAUGGUAAAACAGCUAAAGACGAAAAAGUAACCAAUUUUUAUUAGAGAGGGGAUUGAGUGUGUUCAGACAUGCCAGACAAUGGCAGCAAUAUUAGUCUAGUUCUCCCAGGAGUAAGUUCCUGUAGCACGACAUAACGGGAUGCAGAAACAAAUAAGUAGUACCCAGCUUCGACCUGGGGAAUCGGGAGGCACUGAAAGAAAUCUUCCGCGGAAAUGCACUGUUUAAACACAACUUAUAUUAUCAUAUAGGCCUGAGGCUGAGUACUCGGAUACACGCCCUCAUCGAAUAAAACUUCUACACUUAUUAUACACCUGAGUUUAUGCCUGCCCUCCCAUGUGUUGUGUCACCCCCUCUAGUGCCUCCCUUGACCAUCCCGCAGGAUACCUAACAUUACUAAAGUUGCUGCUUGUAUGGAAUCCCCACUUAUCAUCUUUUUUGGUUUUUGUAGAUUAAACGAAAUUGACAAGCCUACCAAUCCGAGCUUGAACCUUGAAAAUAACGACGGUGAGGCUUAACUUUUUUAUGCUGUCGGUUCGUUUCGGAAGUAAAACCCUCGUAAUUUUAUGCUGGGCAGAAUAUAACGUAUUUGUAAAUAAAUAAGCCCUCGAUCAUUAUAUUUUAAAGCACUAAUUAUUUUGAUCGCGGUUUUCUUCUGAUCGUAGAAAAGUUUGAACCGCAUUGCAUGUGGAGUUAGCUACAGAUAACAUUAAAUUAUCGCUUUAAAUAACAAAUCUAUUAAAAGAAUGACUUUUAAUCAAAAACGUUGGCUUUGGGUCGACCGCUAAACAUAAAAAUCACAAAUAGUUGGGUAAGAUUUGAGCCAAAAUUGCCUGGAGUCCUUCACGUCAUAAUUGGUUUUAUGGCGUUUUUCUCAACUUCAAACUGCAACUACGAGCCGUACUAUCUUAUAUUUAAGGCAUGACGUGAGGAUCUUACCGAAAUACGGUUGUAGGCCCGUAUUUACCAGGAAGAACACUUUAAUGCGAGGGUGUUAGAUCACAUUUAAAUUGAUACUUGCGUAGAGUCGUUCAUAGCUUCUUUCAGCAAAAUCAUAUUUUUGCUACCAGGCGACUUUUCGCUGCAGCAAAUUGACUUGCUGACCUGAACGACUACACGUUAGCCACUAUUCGGCUAAUUUAAUACAUGCUUAUUGAUAAACCUCGAAUCUCUUCUUCUUCCUAAGUUAUAGUAAAUAUAUUGAACUUGGUGUUGCCUCAAAAAUAUUUUUGAGGUCGACCGAUCUUAUGCCAACGUCUUCUAUACGUUACGAAUCACCCUAGAGAUUUAAUGUCACGGACAAAAAAUCUAAAAAAAGAGCAACUUCUUUUAGGGAACAGUAUAGCCGCUGUGCUUUUAAUAUCGCAUGACGGAAAGUGUACGGAACUCACAUCAGACGUGGUCGAUUGAAUUGAUUCACCUCUUGUUCUGCUGCCAGUCUUGACGAUUUUACAUAAGGCCUAGUAAUGUUGCCAUACUUAGAGCACAUGCACAAGCUUAAAGCUUAUCUAGGGUUUCGCGGAUGUUCCGUCGCAGCACAGAACAGCUGGAAGUUGUUUGGCUUAUCAAUGAGUCUCAUAGCGUUGCUCGCGUGCCCUAUGCUAGAUACUUUAAUUUCAGAAUUUCGGAUUUUUUUAUCUCAAAAAUUAAUGUGCCAAGCUGGAAUGCAUUACUCGAAAUGAAACUAAACAGGUUCAUUACAAAUUUUGAUGUAAAUAACUGAGGCGAACUUUAUUAACCUAUGUGAGAAAGGGACACAUUAAAGUGUGUAUUUAUACAUGUCAUCCCGGCUUUCUUUUAGUCUGGCGUUAUAGUUACGAACAAAAUAGCUAACUGGACACACCAGAUUUUCCUAUCAGUGCCAACUCGUAUUUUGGGUCACACAAUGCAGCUUUAUCUGCUGGCUCCUUGGCGAUAAACGAGUUAGAGUUAUUCUGUUGUCAACGCCUCAAGUGACGCCGGUACAAUUUGAUGAACGGCAUUGAAUACCAUACCCUAAAACAGAGGUCAAAUCGGGUUUUCCGACGGCAGACGCAAAAACCAAAGUUAUAAAAGCUCUUUAAGCGCACGUCGGUCAAUUUGAAUAUGCAGACAUAGGGUUUUAUGACCUGAAAUGGCUUCGCAUCCAUUUAAAGAUCAAUCUCACACAGCUUCCAUUGUGAGUUACUGGUUUCUAAUCAUGACAUCGAAAGAAAUGUUGUCCGGUGUUUUCCUGUGAAAUAUGCUACUGUUUUGGUAUUCACGUUUUGCCUAAAAACCCUAACGGACAAAGGUGCCAUCUGGGCUGCACGAAAGUGUAACGGCAUGUCCUUCUCUACUUUAUUCACAGUCGUCAGCACAGUGGUGACAGUGGGUACAUCUAGACGAAGGCUCUUAUCUCUCCUUAUCCCGUCAUCAUGCUCUACGUUGGGAAAAUCUGUUCGGCUCCGGUGAUACACUUGUAGUUUUCUAUUUAAGCCCCAAAGGCUCUUUCAGGAGAAUGCUCAAACUGGCGCGAAUGAACACGAUAGCUAAACCUGUCGGUAUUUACACCAAUGUUCUGAAAACUGAUGUUCCCCACAAUUUGUAUUUUGAACCCGGCUGAGGAGCUUCCUUCUCUGCUAAUUGAGUAAGCGUUUCAAAAAUGUUAAGCCCAAGUCGCUAACAACCUGACAGAUAAGAAGUGAAAUCGUCGUCAAGUCUCUGCUGCUCUUUCGGUUGCUUUCAGGCCCUCAGAUCGUCUAUAUGUCUGUUCCGAGAUUUCUAUUGUCCUCAAGCGGCACGCGUUGAGACCGCCAUGUGGUCAUUCCUCCGCUAAGAUCCUUGUUGCGUCUCAUUUUAAAACUGGAAUUUUCAGCCCGCUGUUGCCGGAGAACGUGUAUGUGGCAGAUGUACGAUAACAGCGUUGUAAGCAUAUGGCCCGUAUCCAUGCAAAGGCAAGUUGACGUUAUAUCAGGUCACUGAAAGCAGGCGGCUUUGUUGGAUCGAGAAAAUAUUUUGCGCGUUCAAAAACUGUAUCAUUGCCGUCCGAAAUUGAAGGCUGUUGCCAUUCUGAAGUAAAUAUUUUUCUUGACAGUUCAAGAUUUGGUAUUCACUGCCGAAGCAAAGACCGCAACAGGCCCUCGAGAGCAGCUACACAUCAUUUUCAUAUGUCCAGAAAUAUUAGUUGUGACAUAACAUAUGUCAUCGAAAUUGAAUUAGCCAAAACCUAUAUGAAAUGAAAAUACUAAUAGGCUUUCGCGGUUAGGAAGUAAGUUGACUGUCGACAGACCGAAGAGGCUAGUGUCAAGAAGCAGACAAGAAAGAGACUCAAUCCCUAAAAGACAAGUUUUACCUUUGGGAUUCACGCUUAAGCUCCUCACUAGAGACAGCAGCAUAUCAUGUUAGCGGUAAACAGGGAUGCCAUAGUUAUGGCAUGCAGUUACUGCGCAACCGCAAGCCUUUAUCGCAGGAAGAGGAGAGUUUAUUCGUGCAAACUUAUUGAUUCGCAUUGGAAUACAUUCGCGUUUCCGUAAUUUCCUUAGACUAUGGCUCUUCGACCUCAUUCUAUCAACAGGCGCAAUAGACUUCCCGUCUGAGUUCACUUUUCGGAAUUUAGUCGGGCAGAAUGUUUAUUUAUAAAUGAAGUACAUAGGUGAGCACUGCUUCCAGUGAAAAUAUCCAUGAGCCAAUUAUAAGCAAGCACCAAACCAGUCGCCAAAGUCUGUUGUAAAUUUGCGACAAAUCAAGAAUUGCAUGCGGGCAUUCAAAUGAACGCCGCACGGAAAUUACCAAUUUUGCAAGAUUUUAGGGUGCGUAGCUACCGCACCCUAUAAAGGCUACAACCAUUGCCUGCCUACCUAAUACCUUCGUGGUUGAUAAUUCCUAGAGUGCACGCGAAACGUUAGACGAAUUACGUUCUCUAUUUUAGCUUUAAACUUCCUUCACCCGAACUGUACUGACCUUCAUUCACUUCUUAUUGCACACUUUUCUCACGUUUUUGAAAGGGACAUCUUACUCAUCCUCUGUACUUCUUUUAAUCAGACCUCGUUGGCUUACAAUUUUUGGUCUUAAAUGGUUAGAAAAUGGUCCUCCCUCCCACCUUUAUCAGCGCUCUCGUAAGCUACGCUUUUGCUUAUGAUAAAAAACGUCCGUCUAGAGGAGAUGUGCUAACUCAUAAAAUUUCAACCGAAAUUCCGUAAUGCGUUUUCGGUUUAAAAAGAUAAAUUGAGUAUGGUUGUGAAACAGAUCAUCGCACAGUAUCGUUCUAUAAUAAUUUGGUUAUCUCAGGAUGCCUGCUAUCGAACGAACGUUUUGCAGGCUGCGUGGAAAAAUAAAACACUGUAAAAAAAUGACUACUUAUGUAGAAUGCGUUUUUCUCAUUGAUUUUCGAUGCCCUUAAAAAUCCAACUACAUUUCAUAGAAAAAAUGCAUAAAAUGUCCAAUAUUCAUUCAUUGGAUAGUAAAGAACGUCUUCUUUCAAUUUUAUACUCGAACGAAAGGUAUAAUUUGGGGUUCAAAAGCCUUUCUGACUCCAGAAUAAUUUUGAACCCGAUCUCCCGUUACACUUGCAUUCAGAGUUUCCAAAAUACAAGCCGUAUAUUUUCCGCUCACGGAAAAUCGUGAUUUCUCUACGGUAUUGACAGUAGAUCCUAUGGGAUUCGUAAAAUGCAGCAGUUGAUUUGAGCCGUAUUGCUUACUUUACAAGCCGCCUUUGUAAAUGCAGAAAGAUGGCGUUUUAUGAGAGGCCAUUUCAAGGUAUUAAAAACUCACAAUUAUAAACUUUUUUCAGACCAAAUUAUACCCUUCUUUCGAGCAUAAGAUUGAAAGAGGACGUAAUUUUCUACCAAAUUAAUGAAAUAAUGAAUAUUGUUUAUACAUUUUUUCUAUGAGAUAUAGUUUGACUUUUAAGGGCAUCGAAACUCAAUGCGAAAAACCGUGCUACAUAAGUAGUUAUUUUUCACAAAGUUUUGUUGUUGCAUGCAGUCUGAAAAAAAGUUAUUUCGAUAGCAGGCAUCCUAAGGUAACCAAAGUAUUAUAGUACGAUACUGGGCGAUGAUCUGUUUUACAACCAUACUCAAUUAAUCUUUUCAAACCGAAAACGCAUUUCGGAAUUUCAGUUGGCAUUUCAUGAGUUAGCCGACCUACCGUAGAUGUGUUGGGACUCGAGCAUAGAUGCCCCCUUGUAAUAUACGUGACUGUGUUCCAGAUUCCAAGGAAAUCAGGAUAAGUUAAAAAUCAGGGUUAGGCUGAAUACCAAGGUCAGGGUUAGGAUACAGGAAUAAGUGUCCUUCUGGAAAUUUACUCAGUAGCCAUCUGCCUUACGUGGGUUCCUAUUCAUGUGUGGUGCCGUGAAAUGAUACUUAUUAUUAGUUUUCUUCUUACUGAGGACCUUUUGUUUAAACUUCUCAUUAUUUUCGCCAAACGUAAAAGUAUUCUGCGUCUAAACACUAAUAAUUCGAUCAGAUAUUUUGUUCCCUCAUAUUUACACAGUGAAGCCACGGUUAUCAGACUACUUGAAGGCCUUUUCCUGUUUAGCCAUCUGUCUUGCUUUGAUCGUUUUCCAAUUUUUCAUGCCCUGUUCUUUACUGUUUCGAUUGUAGUAUACAACUAUCUCUUCGUUCGAAGUGACAGCUGCGGCUCACAAAAAGACCUAGACGGAACUCCACCGGAGCCCACUUCCCCAGUUUCUGUCUCCAAAAGUCCUUUCUUUUUUCAACCCAAAAGCCCUCUGGCGACGCAUACUGACUACCAAAUAACUGAGGAGGACAAAAUAGUUAUUAGGGUUAUUCGCAAAUUCAAACUCUUUGUGGCAAGAAGAAAAUUUCGCGAAGCCCUCAAACCUUACGACGUCAAGGAUGUCAUCGAACAGUAUUCAGCUGGACAUCUUGAUAUGCUCUCAAGGGUGAAGACUUUGCAGGCCAGGUAUAAAUGUGUCCUAGCUGCCCUGAAUUCGUCGUAGACGAAUCUCUUGGAGGAAUGCCACUUUUUGACCCUAUUAAUUAAUGCCCUUAUACUUUUAUAUUUUCCACUUUUGUGAGUAAUUUUAAAGGCAGAAUUCGGAGGUCCAUGGAAAUGUAAGCGAAAACUUAGAGAUACAUAUGCACGCUUCGUGUUAAAACCAAACAAUGUUGAUACUUUCCGGACAUUAAUCGAAUUCAUUGAUCGCGCUGCCAAACAUAAAACAUCAAUUGGUCUUCCGUAAAGAAUUAUUUUGUGUGAAAACUAAGUACUUUUCAUAAAAUGCGAUAUGCUGUCCAAGUUGCCAUGUUGUGCAAGAUGAGGGAUUAUUGCCUCAAUAAAAUAGAGGUUCUAAUCGCUCUUUACUGAUUCUGUGAAGUCGAGAAAUUUUCACAGAAUGGUCAGGGGAAGACUGCACUGAUUUUCAGUUAUUCUUCCAUUGAUAUAUUCUAGUUAAAAUUGCAAUACGAGAGAGUGGACCGAGUUAGUUCUGAAUGGUCAUAUGAGUUUAGUUUCAACAGCCUAUCCUCAAUCCUCUGUAUUCCAUCUUCGACGUCUGUAAGUUGUUCCAGUUAGACAGCAGAAAUUUUGUCAUCUAAUGACUGUGCACAGCAUUCGCCUUGUAAACGAUAGAAACCUGAAAAUAUAGAGUCCAAUAGUGUUAAACUUUGUAUGUAAUACAGCUGUACUAGGCGCCACCUACCUGCUGCAAAUAAAUUUCUGUAAAAGACAAUAAAAAACCUACUAUAACAUAUUAAUUAAAACUGAAUUUGUAAUAUAAGGGCUAGAAGGCAGUCGAGCAAAAAUGCUUGAAAAAUAUGUGUGUUUGUAAAUACUCAUCUAAUUUGCUUGCUUGGUCUCAUAAACAUUAAAACAAGUGCAUUUGUUAUAAUUGGCUUGUUUUACACUUUUAUCUGACCUCUUCACUCGAUAUAAAUAAAAGCAUUAAUGUACGUGUCAUGGAAACCCAAAGGCAAUGAGAAGAAGCACAUUCUUGCGUUUUUCUUUAUUCUGAGACUGCUUUUUAACCUGCAAAAUUAUUUCCUUACAGUGCUACAUCUAUGCCGACAUGAAGGAUUAAAGAUUAUUUUAACUUUAACCGUUAGCACAAAAUUAACAUUGGUUAAUAUUCUUUACAGGAAAGUAAACACUUAACAUUAACAUAAGACUAAAUAUAUUUCGGGCUAGAUGUAUUACGAGAAAUGAUUGGCAGUGGAGACGUGUGUAUGACUAUCAUCUUGAUAUUUCCCCCAGAACGGAUAGAUAUAGGAGGUUUUAAAUAGUUUUCCGCACUCGAGUGCAAGCUGUUUCAUGUUGCAUGUAGACUAACAGCUGGAAGAAAUUCACAGUUCUCAAAUACUAUGAAUAAGGCGAAAUAUAAAAUGUCUUAAAAGCACACAAGGUGAUUUCACUGCAUUUCCAACACAUGUAUAAAAUUAGGGUCUAGUACUGUGCAUUAUGUCGUUAAAAAUCGGCGCCGAACCUCCAUGUACAUUUGUCCGUUUCAUGCACUAAAUUUGGUGGAAAUGUCACAUUCGUGCCAUUAUUAGUUUGUAAGAUGUGCACAUGUUAGUUAUUUACAGAAAAUGGUCAAUAUCAGUUUUGAGACCAGACCAGAUUGUCCAUCAAAAUGCCGAUUCACAGUGUCACGAUUAUUUGGGUUCGUUUAUUUCUGUAUAACGCGUUAGCUUCUGCUAAUUAAAAAGAACAAGAUACAAUUAGUCCUAAAUAAUGCGAAUUCUAAUGCAUGGUACAAAUUACAUGAUUCCUUUAUGCCUCUUAGAUGCAUUGCGUACUAACAGACUCAGUUGUUAUAUAAAUUUGCAGUCAAACGCAAUAAUCUAAAAACGAGAUUGAACUACGUAACUUAAGAAAAAAUAUUUUCGUUUUUUACCACAGGUUGGAUCAAAUUCUGGGCAGACAAGCAAACAAAUCGAGUCCGUCUGAGACCGGAUAUAAAAGUUUGGCAUCGCGCAUUGUCGGAAUCGAGUCAAGUGUAAGUCUCGAGCAAGCCAUUAAUAGAUGUUGA